AGUACGACGACUAUACCAUUUCCACUUCAUGCAAGUCAAUUAGACGCGUCAAAAUGUCGUUUAUUGGACCAAACCCAGAUGGAAAUGGGGUGAACAACGCGAAUCAGGAUUCCAUUACUCUCGGCCAGUUGAGGACCAUGGUUAAUUCUAUACCUAAACCGAAACAAUGGUGGUACGACUACAACUAUGAUGAUGAAGACUCAGUUAUGAACGAGAUCGAUGAGCUAUAUUCGUAUGUCGAGAUGCCCCAGGUAGCGGAGAAUUUGAGGGCGUGGCACGGAUCUUUCGAUGGAGAAUGGACCAAGACCCCACCUCCCCAGCGCAAAGCUCACGUCGAACUGCUCCUCGAAGGACUCGAACACCGAGAUGCCGUGAUUCGGUUCACAAACGCGCGCCGGCUUUUCUACAUCGUCCAAGGGACGUUUGCGGAGACAGUAUCACCAGAACAUCAGCUUCAUUGGAUCUUUGAAAACUGCAAAAUUGUCCGAGCAGCGAACGGUGUUAGCGCGAUCGUGGAAGCCAUGAAGAUUGCAAGUUCAAAACAUGAUUUGCUAUGUAGUCUCUCGGACACCGAUAUUGCGCAUUUGCGUGUUUCACCCGAGGAGAAGUCUAAUCUCCUGGAAGAAGUAUUGACAGAGCUUUCUGUCUAUGUCGGGAUGUUGUACCAUUUGAUUGAGAUAUUCAAGGGACAUGACGAGUUCGCAGACGAAUUGAUGAGUCUGGACCCGCCCCUUCCCGUCUACGUGUUUAGUGUCGUCUCAGGUCUACGUGAUAAAAGUGCUAAGGGAUAUCCUGUGAAAAAGCUGUUAUUGCUCCUUUGGAAAACUUUAUUAGCUUGCUUUGGUGGAUACCGCGAUUAUGCUAGGGUCAAAAAACUUGCGAGAGAACUGGGAGGACUGUCGAAUAGUCCCGAGGCUCCUGAAGGUGCCACAAUCAUCAAAUCGUCACCUUUCGACAUUGAAGCAUUCCGUCAAGAAACCUUUGUGAAAUACCCCACCUUCACUCCUCCCCCACCUCCACCUAUCGAGUCUCCCAUUCCCAAAUUAGCCAGUCCAAAUUUCACAUCCAAGUUGGCACAAGCAUUCUCCCCCAUUCCUGUACGCCAUCACUAUCACAACGACGAGUCCGAGAAUCAGCCAAACCUUCCUUCGCACAAUAACAUGAUGUUCCAUCAGCAGCAUAAUAACGGCUAUCGACCUAUCCCUCAACCAGCGACUCCUGCUCCUUCGCCACCACCCCCCGUCGGUCCAAAGCCGAAGAAGCAGCAGUACCAAACAGACCAGAACCGGCCUUUCUUGUUUCCCUUCUCGAAAACUCAGAGUAAAGAUGCUAGACUCGUGCCGUUCGCCAUCGAUGAAGCCGAUAAAUUGUAUUCUAGGCACAUGUACGUCAGUCUGUCAUUGACUCAAAUGUGGCGAACCAGGGAGGAUUGUAUGACCUUUGAGAGCGGGUUAGAUCAUAUGCCAGGGUCAGAGGGUGAAUUCGAGCCGUCAACCUUCACAGCAAAGGAAUCGGAAUCGGCUGAGCCAUUGCCUGACGUCGCCCUUCUAGAUGCCAAAAUCGCUGAGGCGACCGAGGCCGUGGAACGUGCGGAGACCCCCGCGGAGAAGCGAAAGGCGAAAGAACGACGGGAAGAUUUGAUGCGCCUGAAACGCGUCGAGCAGAUCUACAGUGCUGGUCUACCUGUUCUAUCCGGAUGGGUUCUGGUUUGUCUCAAGCUGCUGUUAGCUACGGUUACAGCAGGCACGAACAUGCCACUUCCGCAAGCAGCUACGAUGUUCCCUGGUGUUGCUUCGCCACAGGAGCCCCCUAUCCCUCCUCCUACGCCAACCCUAGAUGAACUUGAUGUCACUCGACACCGAGAAAUUACAUCCAAGGCCGUGUCCGCCAUUCUGCUCAUGGUUUUGAAAUGGUUCAAGGUGUCACACGUCAUGAAGUUUCAUCACUUAGGGCAGCUAUUACUGGACACAAAUUGCUUGUUACUGCUUCUGAAAAUGUUCGGGUUGCAAGAAGUCUCUACGUCUCUUGUAGUGCGUAAUGAUUCUCCCGAAAACAACUUCUUCCGAUAUUGUUAUCUCCAUUUCUCAAAAAAUCCUCAGCCGAUACGGCCGGAAGACUCUAUGCUGAAACCACCAAGACAUACAAUUACGAAGACGCGUACACUGCCCAACGGAGAUGUUUUGGAGGAAGAGGUCGAGAUGGUUACUGAUUUCUCGUGGAGGAACUUCUUUUCGACCAUCAAUUUUGCGAAGAUUAUGCAGAAGCUGUCAAAACACCGAUCGCAUAGAAUUUGGAUGUUAAUCCAAUACAAAAGCUCUGCGGUAUUGAAGCGGAUACUGAGGGUUCAACAUCCAAUGUUACAACUCCACUUGCUUAAGUUGCUCAAAAGUCAGGUUCCAUUCUGUGGUCGAAAAUGGAGACAAAGCAACAUGAAACUCAUCACAGCCAUAUAUUUGAAUUGCAGGCCGGACCUUCGUGAUGAAUGGUUAACGGGUUCAGAAACUGACGAUGCCGCCGAUGCCUCUGCUCAGGAGACGGCUUUGCGACACCUCGUCAAAUUCUACAACACCAAGCGAUACGGUACCAACGCGACCGCAAACCAAUUCAGCCCGUUACACCGCCGUUCGGGGAGCAUGUCGCAUCACAUAGAAGGUCUCCAUCCCGGUCCGGAGCUAUCUAAUAUUAUCCGGCCCAAUGGAACGCCUAACAUUGUGGAUGCGGAUGUGUUCCCUCCGGCUCGUUCUCAAGCUCCUGAUCCCUCGAUAUUCCUCCCUUACACGGCCGAGGAUAUCAACUUUGAGGAUGAGUACGAGGAGUAUAUAUCCGACCUCGGAUGGUCCGAUGAACAGGGCGGUCCGUUAUUGGAGGGAACCUCCGCCUGGCAUCGGUUCCCGGUGGAUUUCGCUGCUGACAUUGCCGAUGGUAUAAGCGAUAGCGAGAGUAUUGUCUCUAUUGGUGAUCUAGGUGAUGACGCUCGGCUGAACCGGGACGAACCUCAGGGUCAUGAUGAGAAUAGGAAUGACUGGGAGCACAUGAGUCCCAAGACAAUGGCCGCUCUACCCAAAUCUCCUGCUGGCGGAAGACGUUCGAGCUCUGGGAGCGGUCUACGUCCCGUCAUACCCUUUGGCUUGGACAGUGAUAGCCCUAUUGAUUUGGAAGAUGAAGAUGAGGAUCUCCCCGAAGUAGGACACGCUCCUCGUGAGGAUUCCGCAUUUGCCUCUGGUGCGGGUGUAGAUGAAGUGGAGUAUGUUUAUGGCGUUUGAGACUCAUCAAUGUACGAUAUAUG